GCUAGUUGAAGUUGCUGGGCAGCAGCAGCAGCAGGAGGAGUACCACUGUAAAGAGAGCACCAUCUCUCCUCUCUCUCUCUUUCUCUUUCACCACCAUUCUCUCUUUGUUUUGUGCUUCUUCUCCCCUUUUAGCCCAGACCUCCAGUGCCCAAACCCCUCCUUGCGGCAAAUCCUAAAAAUUAAUGCCCCAGCCUGAUCUGCCUCGCCGGAUUCUGAUCUGGUCCCUUUGAGAGCUUGAGCUGAUCGUGACACGUGCGUGGUAAAGGGGAGUUUGGAUGGGAGUUCAGACAAUGGCGUCCCUGGGCGGCGGCGGCGGCGGCGGCGGACGGCAGGGGGCGGUGUACGGGCUGACGCUGAACGAGGUGGAGAGCCGACUGGGGUCGCCGCUGCGGAGCAUGAACCUGGACGAGCUGCUGCGCACGGUGCUCCCCGCGGCGGCGGCGGGCGGCGGGCCCGGGCCCGGGUCGGGGAAGAAGACGGUGGACGAGGUAUGGCGCGACAUCGAGAGCGGAGCCCGCGGCCGGCAGUCGGCGGCCAUGGAGGUGGGCGAGAUGACGCUCGAGGACUUCCUCUCCCGCGCCGGCGUCCCCGUAGACGGCGGCGGCGCGCAUUGGCUGCUGCGUCAGUACCACCCGCCGCCGCGGUCAUUGCCGGUGUUUGGCCAUGGCGGCGGCGGAGGAGGAGGGUUCCUCUCGCCGUCGCAUGCUGGCGGCGGGCGGAAGCGCGGCGCCGGAGGGGAAGACGAAGGCGGAGGCGGCGGUGGGGUGGAGCGGCGGCAGAAGCGGAUGAUCAAGAACCGCGAGUCGGCGGCGAGGUCCCGGGCCCGGAAGCAGGCCUACAUGAACGAGCUGGAGAACAAGGUCUCGCGCCUGGAGGAGGAGAACAGGCGUCUCAAGGAGCUCAAGAGGCUGGAGCCAAUGGUGCAGGUGCAGUGCGUGACCCGGCCGGAGCCCAUGUUGCAGAGGCUGGAGCCAAUGGUGGUGCAUUACGUGACCCGGCCGGAGUCCAUGGUGGUGCAGUACGUGCCGGAACCGGAGCCCGAGCCGGAGAAGCAGCUCCAGCACCAGCUCCAGCUCCGGCGGACCAUCUCGGCCUCCUUCUGAUUCUCGAAUCUGACGGCCCGGCGACGCCGCCGCCAAUGUUCAUAGUACGUACGUAUGUAGUACUAGCCAGCAAUGAAGACUCUCUUUUAGGGCGUUUAGGAACUCUGUACUUUGGGAUGGAAUGCUAAGUGAGAAGAAGAAGAACAUCAGCUAAUUAAUCAAAACCAACUCUUUUCAUA